CUGAUGAGGCUGCAGUUCUACUUCGGAAGUUGGCAGCUCGAGGCAAGGGCUCUCUACUCUCGCAGUGGCAGUUCGACUCUGGAAUUAUGAGCAGAGCUGGUCAAACCUGAACGCUGUUUUGAACAUUUAUUCCGAGAUCUAAGACCAUGGAGAUGGGAUUUCACAUCCUUUUAGCGUUCCUCGCCUCCCAGGCUGUGGGGAUUGGGGCGGAGCAGGCUGGGAAUGGGGAGUGUGUUCCUGGGUUCCAGGAGAAGAAAUACCAGGUGGAGUACAAUGGAGGCUUCCAGAAAGAUCAGCCUCUGCUGCAAGUACUCUUUGAUGACUGCGCAGGCAAUGAGGAUGUGGCCUUUGAGGUUUCCAAUCCUGACUUCCUGAUUGACGAGAACCUGAACCUGGUCGCCCAGGGAGACGUGGUGAGCAGUGGAGCAGUACUCUUCAUCCACGGCCUGAGCCCGCACGCCGACGACAUGGCGCAGGUGGACGUGGUUGGAGCGCCUGCCUGGUCUCCCCACACAACAAAGGAGAUUGUUGCCGUGGACCAAGAGCCGGCCUCCAGACUAAGGAGAUCCCUUCUGGCCCCUCCCAUGUAUGUGAUUGAGAACCAGCGUUCCCCAAUCCCACGCACCAUCGGCAAGUCACAUAUCAUCCCAAAUGAGCUGCGAGCAGACCACACGUUUCGUCUGACAGGCAUGGGUGCAGACGAAGACCCUGUGGGUGUGUUCAGCAUCAACCGGUACACGGGCGAGGUUUCCGUCAGCCGAUCCCUCGACCGGGAGGUCAUCCCCAUCUACCGGCUUCAGGUGUCUACAGUGGACAUGAGCGGCUAUCUUGUGGAGGGGCCUGUGGCGCUGGAGAUUUCAGUGAUUGACCAGAACGAUAACCGUCCCAUCUUCACGGAGCUGCGCUAUUCUGGAGAGGUGUUGGAGGGCUCUCCCACAGGUACCACAGUGAUGACCAUGACAGCCGUGGAUGCGGACGAUCCCAACACAGACAACGCAGUGCUCCGCUACAACAUCAUGCGUCAGUCUCCGGACAAACCCUCGCCCAACAUGUUCUACAUCGACCCCGAGAGAGGCCACAUCGUGACCGUCAUCUCCCCCUCCCUGCUCGACAGAGAGACUCUGCCCACCACUACCUAUGAGCUGGAGAUCGUGGCCAAGGACAUGGCGGGCAGCGAGGUGGGCCUGAUUGGCACAGCCACCGCCACCAUCACCAUCACUGACCGCAACGACCACGCGCCAGAGUUCACCCACUCACUGUUCCAGGCCAUAGUAGAUGAAGGCUCGACUGGCGUGGUAGUUAACCUGACCGUGGAUGACCGUGAUGACCCAGCUACAGGUGCCUGGCGGGCAGUCUACUCCAUCAUCAACGGAGACCCCAACCAGAGCUUCGAGAUCACCACCAACCCCGACAACAACGAGGGCAUGCUGUCUGUCAUCAAGCCUCUGGACUAUGAGCGCACAGCCUACCACACUCUGCUCAUAAAGGUGGAGAACGAGGAGCAGCUUGUCCCGGAUGUGGGCUAUGGCCCCAGCUCUACCGCUACUGUCACCGUCACUGUCCAGGACGUGAACGAGGGGCCCAUCUUCUACCCUGACCCCAUGGUGGUCACCAAGGAGGAGAACAUUUCCGUGGGCAGUUUCGUGGCCCUGCUCAAUGCCACCGACCCAGACAACCUCCAGAAUCAGAACGUCAGGUAUGCCGUCCUCAGAGACCCGGCCGGCUGGCUGAAUGUGCACCCAGAGCGGGGGGCAGUCAACACCACCGCAGUGCUGGACCGCGAGUCGCCCUUUGUGCACAACAACCAAUACACAGCUGUCUUCAUGGCCUACGACAACGGUCACCCACCGGCCACAGGCACCGGUACACUGGUGAUCACCCUGCAGGACGUCAACGACAACGCCCCCUAUGUGUACCCCUCGGUGGUGCGGGUGUGUGAGGACGCCAAGGAGCUCAACGUGUUCACGCUGGCCGGCAGGGACAGGGACAUCUCCCCCAACGGCGAGCCCUUUAAGAUCGAACUGGCCAAGCAGAACGGUCUGGACAAGACGUGGAGAGCCACAAGGAUCAACUCCACACACUCACAGGUGAUGCUCCUGCACAGCCUGAAGAGGGCCAACUACCAGCUCCCCCUGGUGGUGGCGGACUCCGGCGAGCCCUCGCUCUCCAGCAACACGGAGGUCAAGGUGCAAGUGUGCACCUGCAAGAAGAACCGGAUGGACUGCAACGGCGUGGGGUCACUGCGCUCCGGCCUGCUCCCACUGCUCAUCACCACCAUCACCAUCCUCCUCUCCACUCUCAGCCUGUAAAUUCUGCUGACCCUGUCGGUCCUCUCGUGAACACUGAAGACACCACCACCACCACCACCACCCUGCACCCCCUACGCUUUUAAGAUGGCGGAGAGAGAAGAGGAAGUGACCUCAUAACCUGUUCUAUUCUGAAAAAACACAAACAAACAAAUAAGAAAACAACAAAAAACUGCAAACAAACUUUAGCUUUGGUAGCCUAGCUCCUGUCCACGUUUAUUUCCUCUAUUCCCCACAGGAGUAUUUUUUUGUCCUCACACAGUUCAUCAUUGAUCCCAAUAUUCCCAUCCUCUCACUCUCCCCCUACUCUACUCUACUCUACUCUACUCUGCUCUGCUCUGCU